ACCUUCUCUCUUGCCUGCAAUCAUCGCCUUUGUUUCCUGGGAAAAAUUCCAGAAGGAAUAACAGCUGAGAAACUGUUAAACAACAUCAUGGAAACAAUUUCAGAUAGUGUACCAAAGCCAAGAUCUGGUGCAUUCUUUGAAGAGGACAAAUCAAGAGCUGUUAGUGAUAAAUUGAAUAGGCUGUUUGGGCGACAGAAGCCUGUACACCAUGUUCUUGGGGGAGGCAAAUUGGCUGAUGUGCUACUAUGGAGGAACAAGAAAAUCUCAGCCAGUGUUUUGGCUUCUGCUACAAUUAUGUGGAUGUUGUUUGAAUGGCUUGACUAUCACCUCCUUACAUUUGUUUGCUUUGCUUUGAUUCUAGGAAUGUUUAUACAGUUUCUCUGGACUCAUACUUCAGGCCUGGUGACCAGGUCUCCAUCACAAGUUCCACGUAUUGUUUUGCUAAAAGAAGUGUUUGUCGGCAUAGCAAAGACCGUAGGGGCUGAAGUCAACCGUGGUUUGGGCUUCCUUCAAAACGUCGCCUGUGGUGGAACUCCCAAGCACUUCCUAGUUGCUGUGACAAGCUUGCUGGCAGCUGCUAUCAUUGGAAGCUGGUGCAACUUUCUGACUGUUGUGUACAUUGGUUUUGUUGGGGCCCACACACUGCCAGUGCUCUAUGAAAGAUAUGAGGGAAAACU